UACACAAUGAGUUCAUGUUGGUCGUCACUCAAUCAUCUGACAUAUUUUAAUGCAAUUUUCUUAAAAUCUAAAAGAAGGGAAACUCAUCAUAACCUUAAUAUAUAUUGUGUUUAUUGGAUAUAAUUAUAGUUGAGAUGGAAAUGGCGUCCAAAUGGCAGUAUUCGGAAUCCUUCGCAGAAACAAAUCUUAAAAUGCUUGAGAACGAAGAACUCUGUGACGUCAUAAUUGCUGCCGGAAACGAACACAAACAGAUAAAAUGUCACAAAUACAUCCUCGCCAGCCGAAGUCCAGUCUUCUAUGCCAUGUUUUGUGGCACCCUGGCCGAAUCCAAUGACGUCAUUUACGUUCCAGAUAUAGAUCCAUCUACCCUAGAUAAUCUAUUGCGAUAUAUGUACAGUGGCAAGGUCGAAAUAAACACAGACACUGUUCUUAGUUUGUUAUAUACGGCGAAGAAAUACGAUAUUCCUGGGCUGGCAUCUCAAUGCAAAACCUUCCUGAAUGACAACCUUGAUGCCGAAAAUGUUUGCACAGUUCUUGACCAGGCAAUAGUGUUUGACGAUGAAGAGAUGAAAGCUAAAAGUUUAGAAUUUAUUAUGAACAAAUCCGAGAGUGUUUUGAAAACAGAUGCAUUUUCUCGAAUGUCAAAGUCUGGAUUGCAAGAGGUGCUUAAACUGGAGACUUUCAGCGCCAGUGAGUGCGAACUGUAUCUUGGAUGUAAACUAUGGGCUACGCAUAGAUGUAGAGCCGCGGGGAAACAAGAAACAGAUGAACAGAGAAGGCAGGAGUUGGGGGACGAACUUAUUGACCUGAUUAGGUUUCCGACCAUGACGCUGGUAGAGUUCACGGAUGCUGUAGCUUCUGGAAACGUACUGAACAAAGAUGAAUUGCUCAGCAUUUAUCGGAGCAUUGCAAAACAGGAAAAUGUUUCAAAAUUCAACAACAAACCCCGACUGGGUUCAACGGCGAUUCAUAAAUGUUUGUUUGUAAGGUGUGAACAUGUUGGGAGCCCUUGGGGAUAUGGCGGGGCACAAGAUGGCCUCAGUUUAAUAGUGUCUAAAGACUGUGAACUAAGUGGAAUCGAUAUGUUUUUGCCAGUCGUUGAAGGUUCUGUGACUGGUGUAUUGGAGCUUCUUGAGGGUACUACAGUUAUUCACACUCAGAAUGUUACGUUGCAUUACAAUAAAGGUGUUGAGCAUGUGCUUGUUGAUUUAGAAAAACGUCUUUAUCUUAAUUCCAUAAACGAAUAUUCCAUAAGACAAAGAAUGAAAGGUCCAAAUGUGUUUAAAUGUAAUUCAGCCAAAACCAAUUUAACGAUGGAAGGUGUGACUAUGACGCUCAGUGACUUAAAGGUUGGAAAGAGUGAUAACGGUACAACCGUCAAUGGUGGACAGUUUUAUGGCUUUGCACUAUUGAUUGAUACAAAGAAAUAAAAUUACAUACGAUGAUGACGUCACAUAUUUUUGAAAACAUAUUUCACUUGGGCAUUAUAUUAUUGUAUUGACAAACAUAGUACUGUUAUUUUAUAUGUGCUUUGUAAAUAUCAUUGACUGUAAAAGUGUAGCCUAACAAUUGCUAGUCUAAUAAAACUAUUAAUAAUACUGCUUGUAAUAGACGAUUUGA